UGAGGGAGAUGUUUCCAUCAGGACAUUGCUGAAACGCAGGCUGGGAUCAGACCUUCCGCAUGGUCCUGGGCAUGUUUCCCAACUGCCUGGAGUGAGGCCCCUGCCAUGGUGACCAGAGCCAAAAGAAAUCCAGAGACGAUUUCUCUGAUACCCAGGACGGAGAGGCAGGUAUCACUUGUAUUCAUCACAUCUAAUCCUGAGAAUUAGUUAUUAUUGCUCUCAUCUUACAGGUGUCCAGGGCAGUCCAGCUGGUGGUGCUGCUUGGACACGAGGUGCCCAGGGAGGUUCCAGCCACGUCUCUUCUUGCUGCCCCCGAGAGAGCCCAAGCCCCACUCACAACCUGCGGCGGCCCUGUGAGGAGCUCGUCAUGCUGACAGAAGAAAUGAAGGUCUGGCAUGGAAUAGUGAUUGCAAUAGUGUCGCUGGUCCUGCAGGCCUGCCUCCUCGCAGCCAUCAACUACCUGCUCAGCAGGCACCUGGCCAAGGAGAAUGAGCGGAUACUGAAAGAGGCCAGGCUCCAGGUCCCCAGGCCCAGCCCUGCCCACUACCUCCCACCUGCUACCAAGGAGAUGAAGGAGACUCGGGCAGAGAGAAACACCCCUGUGUCUGAGCCCCGCUUCCGGAAUGACAGUGACACGUCCUCAGAUAGCUCCGACAGCUCGGACAGCUCACCUCCCACCCGCCAGGCCACCAAGGAUGUGACCUACACACAAGUGGUCUUUUCAGCUCCUGGGGAACGAAGAAAUGACUCUGUCUUGGACUAUGAGAACAUAAAGGAAGCCACAGAUUAUGUCAAUGUCAACCCAAAAAGCCACAAGCCCAAUUUCUGGACUUUUGUGAACCCUGCUGUCUCUGAGCCAGUGGAAUACACUCAAGUGGCCUUGUGAAUUCUAGGCUUUUUAAUGCGGUGCAGUUCGUUAUGAAUUAUUGCACUUAUUUUGUAGGGGAAUUACUGGUUUUGUUUUGUUUUUAAGACACAGCAUAGGAGAAAAAAAGCCUGUGUAUCAGCAAGAAAGAUUCAGUUAAGUAUGAAAACAUUGGAGCAGUUCAGUAAAGAAAGUGAUGAAGUCUCUCUCCAUAAAAAAUUUUUUAAAGAUUUUAAUCAGCUGUAGUAGAGUUCUGUUUGACAGUCUUAUGAUUAAAUGCCUCUCUGAGCUAUUUAAUUAUUGGCGAUAAACAACUUCCUUAAAAUUUUUAAAUAAAACGGCAACCACCAGUUCCUCUUUUCCUCUGGCCUAAACUUGCCUGCUCUUCCUUUUUCAGUAUUUUAUCUUGCUGAGUAAUCCUGCUCCACUCUCAGAACUUUAAAUAGUGCCCUUGGAAAUAGUGCCCUUGUGUCUAAAAUAUGGUAAAUGCUCAAUAAACAUUGAAGUGAGAAAAAAAAAAAAAGCUUGGAAAGCUCCCCAUUACUCAACCUUUGAAACUGCUGUUUCUUAGGAAUGAAAGAUGACAGAGUACUAGAAAAUGUCAACUAGCUUCACAAUCUGUUAUUCCAAAAAAAAUCUUUCCAAA